AUGAGUGACAGCGGUCUGUCCAUCCCUAACAGGGUCAUCGGUCCCGGGGGCUUCAUCUCUCCCUGGUGGGUGUUUGACGAGCACAGUGACGUAGGAUAAGCCAGGGACAGGGGGCAGGAUGACUAUAGUGUGUGUGCGUGCGUGAGUGAAUUUAACUGUUAAGUGACAUGGCACUUUUGAGCUGCUAACAUGGUGCCCAAUUUAGCCUAAUGUCAAAUAAAACGCUGUGCAUAGUGUGAUCACAAAAUACUACAGAGUCCUAUGUCGUUUUGCCUUCAGAGAAGGGGAUUUGAUUAGGUGGUCAGUGUGUUAUGAUCCAUACUAACAAGCUACUAAUUGGUUGUCAAUGUGACAGACCGGGGUUCGAGUCUCCUUCGAGUCACAAGAUGAUUUUAGUCUUAUGAAAUCCAGUUAGGGUCUACCAGGCAUGGGAUUGAACUUUAGACUGCAUAGGUCUUAAGUGCAUAGUUUCUUCAAUCAGUGAUUGGCCUACAUUGGGUAGACUUGGGUAGCUUUGUGGAAGCAGAUAAUGUCCCACGGUGAAACGGUGGCACGUCUAACGUCUUAUGUUUGCCUUCUCUUUGUUUGUUCAAGAUGAACGCAUCAUCACCAGUCUCCAAGGCUUUGUGGAGUAGAAUCAACUGACUGCUCCAAAUUAGUUGAGAAAUUCCUGACAAAAGGUAAAGGUAUGCUGUACUUGCACCCUUGCUGUAGUUCUGUCUCUGAGGAUAUUUUUUUAAACCUAGCACACCGCUAUCCCAGAGGCUCAGGGGUUCAAAUGUCUGUGGUUUCUCAUGUUAACAACAAUCUCUUUUAAUAUUUCAUUACUUAAUUAUUCCUGUAAUCAGUCAUAGGCCUAUUAACGUGCUGUCUGCCAGGGUGAACAAAUAGUGGUUGGAGCAGAACCUCAUGUCUCAGGGAUGAUUUGUGUUCUUAUUUUAGAGCCCCCCUCAGUCUGCAGGCUCACGCUGUAAUGGCUGGCGGGCCGGCUGGGUAUUUUGGGAGCUAAUUUAUUGCAUCUCUCUCAAGGGGGUGGUGAGGGGAAGGAGGGAGCAUGGAGGGGGGGGGGGGGGGGGGGUAAGAGAUUCACCCAGGGCUCUUUCCCGACUGGUGAUUCAUUUCCGUGCUGCAUCGGCAUGACGUGCCGCUUUUUAUUUCACAAUUUAAUGUGUGUGACGACGACGCUAUUAAGCCCGGCACUCGUAUACAAGUAAAGUCUAUGGGGGAGAAACUCACUGUGUUUUUUUGAGAGAGUGAAAAGAGCACCGGGUUGAAGGGAGGGAGAUGAAGAGAAGUCUUUUUUUCUAUCUCCAGUGGCUCACACUGAUAAAUGGCUGGCCCCCGUCUUCCCACUGACGUACAAAUGUCAAAUCAUUAAAAACAUGACUCACUCUUCCAGCGUUUCUCUCUCCCCCUGCCUUGCAAAGCACUCGAUUGUACAAUGGGAUUUUCCUCCUCCACCACCACCUCAUCCUAUCAAUCGGCUAAGUUGUAUUCCUAAGUGCAUUUGAGCUAAAUUGAAGCGGCCUCAAUCACAGAGCUGCUAUGAUUUAUUUUCUUUAAUUCAAGAUGCGAUAAAACUGCAAGGUGAGGUCUGUCAUUACCUUACCAUUACAUGCUGUUGGUUAGGGCUGUGACGAUUAUGGUGUUUUGGGUAACUAUUAAUUGUCAUGCAAAAUGGCCACAGUUGUCAUAAUUGUCAUUUUUGUUUAAUUGUUUUUAUUUGUAUUGUAAUGCAUCAUAAUGCUAUGACAUACCUAAUGGUAUGACUACGACAUACCUAAUGGUAUAGCUACAACAUAGUGGCUUGCGAAAAUAUUCACCUCCCUUGGCAUUUUUCCUAUUUUGUUGCCUUACAACCUGGAAUGAACAUUUUAUUUUGGGGGGGUUGUAUCAUUUGAUUUUUUUCAACAUGUGUACCACUUUGAAGAUGCAAAAUAUUUUUUAUUGUGAAACAAACAAGAAAUAAGACAAAAAAACAGAACUUGAGUGUACAUAACUAUUCACCCACCCCCCCCACCCCACAAAGAGCCACCUUUGGCAGCAAUUACAGCUGCAAGUCUCUUGGGGUAUCUCUCUAUAAGCUGGGCACAUCUAGCCACUGGGAUUUUUGUCCAUUCUUCAGGACAAUGCUCCUGCUCCUUCAAGUUGGAUGGGUUCCGCUGGUGUACAGCAAUCUUUAAGUCAUACCACAGAUUCUCAAUUGGAUUGAGGUCUGGGCUCUGACUAGGCCAUUCCAAGACAUGUAAAUGUUUCCCCUUAAACAACUCAAGUGUUGCUUUAGCAGUAUUCUUAGGGUCAUUGUCCUGCUGGAAGGUGAACCUCUGUCCCAGUCUCAAAUCUCUGGAAGACUGAAACAGGUUUCCCUCAAGAAUUUCCCUGUAUUUAGUGCCAUCCAUCAUUCCUUCAAUUCUGACCAGUUUCCCAGUCCCUGCCGAUGGAAAAACAUCCCCACAGCAUGAUGCUGCCACCACCAUACUUCACUGUGGGGAUGGUGUUCUCUGGGUGUUGAGAGGUGUUGGGUUUGCACCAGACAUAGCGUCCCACAUGGCUUUUGGCGAAUGUUAUGUUCUCCCCUCGGGUGUAGUUCGUCUGAGGAGGAGACGUAAAUGCCUGUGCCUGCGCACAUAAUGUAAACUGAUGGAUGGGGAAGAAAUGUGGGGUGUAACUAACUAAAAUGACCAUAUCAGCAGACACAACAACCAGAACUCAAUGUUAGCCCUCUGGGGACAUUUAGUAAGGUACUAAACAAAAUAAUAUACAACACCCAUAAAGAAACAGUAAUAAAACAAAGACCAAUCAAACAAACCAGGGACGGUAAGAGAAGGGAAUGUUUGGGAAUGGGGUCCAAGUAAUGAAGAUAAACAAAAGGUCCCUCCUCUUCUACACACCUAAUCCUUCCCAACACACUCUAAGCCUUAACCCGCUUUCCUACCUGUUACCACAAAUACAGGGGUGACAUCCGCCCGGCUAACCUAGUGUGUAAAACAGUAGAUUAUCUACGUGUGAAUACACCCAUGGGCAGAACUACCUUUCCCUUCUCCAGGACCUAGGUAUGGUGGAAUACAGCAGGAGGACAGGCUGGAACACAAACAAAGAUAAAUCAAAACAACCAAUAACCAAAUCCUCAGACAAACAGCCAAACAAAAAGUGCCCUCUCUCUCUCUCGAGCUCACACGGCAAACAGUUUAUAUACUCUAGUCAAUCAGUCACUCAACCACAGCUGCCAGGACUCUGGACCAAAGCCACGCCCACCAUCGUCAGCCACAACGCAGCACACCUGUAAUAACCAGAACAACCACUCUGAACCACACACACACUACAAAGGAUGAUUGGGAGAAAGAAGAACAUGUCACACGUAACAGCAAACACCAAACGUGUUUGCUUAUUUUUUUCUUUAAGCAAUGGCUUUUUUCUGGCCACUCUUCCAUGAAGCCCAGCUCUGUGGAGUGUACGGCUUAAAGUGGUCCUGUGGACAGAUACUCUAAUCUCUGCUGUGGAGCUUUGCAGCUCCUUCAGGGUUAUCUUUGGUCUCUUUUUUUUUUCUUUUUUUUGGGGGGGGGUAGAUCAGCUUAAUAUUGCAGAUAGAUUGUAACUUUCAUCAAUGUAAUUGUCUGCAUCACUUCCAAUCCCCCAUGUUUUUUAAAAUAUAUACACACACACAUACAUACACUUAUCCUUUAAAAAUAUAUAUAUUCCCCUUUAUUACUUUCCAACCCCGCCACCCUUUCCCUACUUGGAGUAAACUAGUGAACAACAAUGCUUAGGCCUCUACUUCCAGCUCAUACCUACUAUCUACAUUUUAUGGACACAGUCAAUUCUACAAUCAUUAUAUUUUGUUUGUUUUUUCUCCUGAACUUCUUCUACUCUCAACCUCUCCGAUCAUUUUCAUGAUGUCCAUCCGGUUUGCUUCUAUAUGCCAUAUCUUUCUGACUGUGCUCUUUCACAAAAGCUCCCAACCUAUAUACUUAUUAUGGACACAGUAUGCUUACAUUAUUAGUUAUCUUGUUAUUAUUUGUUGUUAUUAGUCCCAUCCUUCAAUUCCAUUCAACACCUCCCAUCUAUCUCUUAACACCAUCCAUAUAGGAUUUCUAUUUGCCAUAUAUAUUUCAACUGUACUGUGAUGUCUUACAGAAGUUCUGAACCUUUCUAUUCUCAUUGUUUCUACAGAUUGUGAAUUGAAAAUAAACAUUUUUGCUAAAAGUAUUAUUAUAUUAUUGAUCGAUUGACUAUGAUUUUUCAGAUCACCCAGUAAUGCUAUCUGCAAGGUUAGCUCCAGGUAAAUAUUGCAAUCCUUUAGCCAUUCCUGUCCAAAAACAAGCUACAAAUGGACAGUACCAAAACAAAUGAUCUAAUGAUUCUGUCUCUUCGCAGCAAAAUCUGUAGAGCUGGGAAGAUUGUAUCCCCCAUAUAAAUAACAUUCUAUUGGUAGCAAGAAUUGUAUAUAAUAAUUUAAAUUGAAAGAUUCUAAGUUUUGAAUCCGGUGUCGUUUUGUGUGUCAGUUUAUAAACACUAUGCCAUGGGAUCGGUACGUCAAAAAUCUCUUCCCAACUAUUUUCAAAUCAAAUCAAAUUUUAUUGGUCACAUGCGCCGAAUACAACAGGUGCAGACAUUACAGUGAAAUGCUUACUUACAGCCCUUAACCAACAGUGCAUUUAUUUUAAACAAAAAAAGUAAGAAUAAAACAACAACAAAAAAAGUGUUGAGAAAAAAAGAGCAGAAGUAAAAUAAAGUGACAGUAGGGAGGCUAUAUAUACAGUAAAAUAAAGUGACAGUAGGGAGGCUAUAUAUACAGGGGGGUACCGUUGCAGAGUCAAUGUGCGGGGGCACCGGCUAGUUGAGGUAAUAUGUACAUGUGGGUAGAGUUAAAGUGACUAUGCAUAAAUACUUAACAGAGUAGCAGCAGCGUAAAAAGGAUGGGGUGGGGGGGCAGUGCAAAUAGUCCGGGUAGCCAUGAUUAGCUGUUCAGGAGUCUUAUGGCUUGGGGGUAGAAGCUGUUGAGAAGUCUUUUGGACCUAGACUUGGCACUCCGGUACCGCUUGCCGUGCGGUAGCAGAGAGAACAGUCUAUGACUAGGGUGGCUGGAGUCUUUGACAAUUUUGAGGGCCUUCCUCUGACACCGCCUGGUAUAGAGGUCCUGAAUGGCAGGGAGCUUUGCCCCAGUGAUGUACUGGGCCGUACGCACUACCCUCUGUAGUGCCUUGCGGUCAGAGGCCAAGCAGUUGCCAUACCAGGCGGUGAUGCAACCAGUCAGGAUGCUCUCGAUGGUGCAGCUGUAGAAUUUUUUGAGGAUCUGAGGACCCAUGCCAAAUCUUUUUAGUCUCCUGAGGGGGAAUAGGCUUUGUCGUGCCCUCUUCACGACUGUCUUGGUGUGUUUGGACCAUGAUAGUUCGUUGGUGAUGUGGACACCAAGGAACUUGAAGCUCUCAACCUGUUCCACUACAGCCCCGCCGAUGAGAAUGGGGGCGUGUUCAGUCCUCUUUUUUUUCCUGUAGUCCACAAUCAUCUCCUUUGUCUUGGUCACGUUGAGGGAGAGGUUGUUGUCCUGGCACCACACGGCCAGAUCUCUGACCUCCUCCCUAUAGGCUGUCUCAUCGUUGUCGGUGAUCAGGCCUACCACUGUUGUGUCGUCGGCAAACUUAAUGAUGGUGUUGGAGUCGUGCCUGGCCAUGCAGUCAUGGGUGAACAGAGAGUACAGGAGGGGACUGAGCACGCACCCCUGAGGGGCCCCCGUGUUGAGGAUCAGUGUGGCAGAUGUGUUGUUACCUACCCUUACCACCUGGGGGCGGCCCGUCAGGAAGUCCAGGAUCCAGUUGCAGAGGGAGGUGUUUAGUCCCAGGAUCCUUAGCUUAGUGAUGAGCUUAGAGGGCACUAUGGUGUUGAAUGCUGAGCUGUAGUCAAUGAAUAGCAUUCUCACGUAGGUGUUCCUCUUGUCCAGGUGGGAAAGGGCAGUGUGGAGUGCGAUAGAGAUUGCAUCAUCUGUGGAUCUGUUGGGGCGGUAUGCAAAUUGGAGUGGGUCUAGGGUUUCUGGGAUUAUGCUGUUGAUGUGAGCCAUGACCAGUCUUUCAAAGCACUUCAUGGCUACAGACGUCAGUGCUACGGGUCGGUAGUCAUUUAGGCAGGUUAUCUUAGAGUUCUUGGGCACGGGGACUAUGGUGGUCUGCUUGAAACAUGUUGGUAUUACAGACUCAGUCAGGGACAUGUUGAAAAUGUCAGUGAAGACACUUGCCAGUUGGUCAGCACAUGCUCGGAGUACACGUCCUGGUAAUCCGUCUGGCCCUGCGGCCUUGUGAAUGUUGACCUGCUUAAAAGUCUUACUCACAUCGGCUACGGAGAGCGUGAUCACAUAGUCAUCCGGAACAGCUGGUGCUCUCAUGCAUGCUUCAGUGUUGCUUGCCUCGAAGCGAGCAUAGAAGUGGUUUAGCUCGUCUGGUAGGCUUGUGUCACUGGGCAGCUCGCGGCUGUGCUUCCCUUUGUAGUCUGUAAUAGUUUUCAAGCCCUGCCACAUCCGACGAGCGUCAGAGCCAGUGUAGUAUGAUUCAAUCUUAGACCUGUAUUGACUCUUUGCCUGUUUGAUGGUUCAUCGGAGGUCAUAGCGGGAUUUCUUAUAAGCGUCCGGGUUAGAGUCCCGUUCCUUGAAAGCGGCAGCUCUACCCUUUAGCUCAGUGCGGAUGUUUCCUGUAAUCCAUGGCUUCUGGUUGGGGUAUGUACGUACGGUCACUGUGGGGACGACAUCAUCGAUGCACUUAUUGAUGAAGCCAGUGACUGAUGUGGUGUACUCCUCAAUGCUGUCUGAAGAAUCCCGGAACAUGUUCCAGUCUGUGCUAGCAAAACAGUCCUGAAGCUUAGCAUCUGCGUCAUCUGACCACUUUUUUAUUAACCGAAUCACUGGUGCUUCCUGCUUCAGUUUUUGCUUAUAAGCAGGAAUCAGGAGGAUAGAGUUAUGGUCAGAUUUGCCAAAUGGAGGGCGAGGGAGAGCUUUGUAUGCGUCUCUGUGUGUGGAGUAAAGGUGGUCUAGAGUUUUUUUUCCUCCUCUGGUUGCACAUUUAACAUGCUGGUAGAAAUUAGGUGGAACGGAUUUCCCUGCAUUAAAGUCCCCGGCCACUAGGAGCGCUGCAUCUGGAUGAGCGUUUUCCUGUUGAUUAAUGGCCUUGUACAACUCAUUCAGAGCAAUCUUAAUGCCAGCAUUGGUUUGUGGUGGUAAAUAGACAGCUAUGAAAAAUAUAGAUGAAAACUCUCUUGGUAAAUAGUGUGGUCUACAGCUUAUCAUAAGAUACUCUACCUCAGGCGAGCAAAACCUCGAGACUUCCUUAGUAUUUGAUUUUGUGCACCAGCUGUUGUUUACAAAUAUACACAGACCGCCGCCCCUUGUCUUACCAGAGUCAGACGUUCUGUCCUGCCGAUGUAGCGUAUAGCCUGCUAGCUGAAUGUUAUCAUUGUUUUCGUUCAGCCACGACUCCGUGAAACAUAAGAUAUUACAGUUUUUAAUGUCCCGUUGGUAGGAUAACCGUAAUCUUAACUCGUCCAUUUUAUUCUCAAAAGAUUGAACGUUGGCUAGUAGGAUUGAUGGGAGAGGCAGUUUACUCGCUCGCCGUCGGAUCCUUACAAGGCACCCGGAUCUGCGUCCGCGAUAUCUCCGUCUCUUCCUCACGCGAAUGAUGGGGAUCUGGGCCUUGUCGGGUGUCUGUAGGAUAUCCUUCGCGACCGCCUCGUUGAAGAAAAAAUCUUCGUCCAAUGCGAGGUGAGUAAUCGCUGCCCUGAUAUCCAGAAGCUCUUUUUGGUUAUAAGAGACGAUGGCAGAAACAUUAUGUACAAAAUAAAUUACAAAUAACGCGGAAAAACACACAUAAUAGUACAAUUGGUUAGAGGGCUGUAAAACGGCAGCCAUCUUCCCGGCGCUGUUCUUCAUUUAAAAAAAUAACUUGUUUCCAAAAAAAAAAUUUGCAAUCUAUAUGGGACGGCUGUCAAUCCUUUGGUCCUUAAAUGAAACUGAUAUACUUUUUUAUUUAUCACAGUUUUCCUUAACCAAUUAUGUUCUUUAAUGCAAGGCCGACAGACAAGUUCCUUACUUUAUCCCCCUUCCACUUUCCUCUUCCAUUUUUGCGGUAAGGCUGCAAUUAUUUGGUUGUAAUUAUGGGUAGAGCAGACAUUUCCAUAUGUUUUUGUUAGCUGCAUGUGCGACAUAACUCCACCAGUCCUACCGAUGAUAUCAUUUACGAAGAUUAUACCUUUUUUUAAAUUGUCAAAAAAAAAAAGUUUUUUUGUCAAUUAGUAUAUUUGAGUUUAACCACUAUUUGUUGCAUUAUUUGUUCUGUCGUUUCUGGAGGAUUCAAUUGAAAUUGCAACCAACUUUCUAUGGCUUGUUUUAGAAAUAGUGAUAUUUGGGAGAUUAUUUCCUUUUCAAAUAACUGAAAGUGAGUGGUUGUAAUCUGAAUAAAGGGAAACAGGCCAUUCUUGAACAUUGGGUGAGACAAUCUUACUAAUUUGCUAGAGAACCAGUUCGGAUUUAAGUAUAACUUUUGUAUGACUGAAGCUUUUAGUGAUAGGUCUAAUGCUUUAAUAUUUAAUAAUUUCUGUCCUCCGAAUUCAUAUUCAUUAUAUAAAUAGGCCCGUUUAAUUUUGUCUGGCUUGCCGUUCCAAAUAAAAUUGAAUAUUUUUUUCUCAUAUAAUUUUAAAAACUGUUCGCUAUUCGUAGGCAAGACAAUAAGCAAAUAGGUAAACUGGGAUAAUACUAAAGAGUUAAUCAGGGUGUUGCCUCUGAUGAAUGCCCUCCUUGCCUGGUCCGUGAGUUUUGGUGGGCGGCACUCUCUUGGCAGGUUUGUUGUUGGUGCCAUAUUCUUUCAAUUUUUUAAUAAUGGAUUUAAUGGUGCUUCGUGGGAUGUUCAAAGUUUCUGGUAUUUUUUUAUAACCCAACCCUGACCUGUUUGGAGAGCUCCUUGAUCUUCAUGGUGCCGCUUGCUUGGUGGUGCCCCUUGCUUAGUGGUGUUGCAGACUCUGGGGACUUUCAGAACAGGUAGGUGUGUGUGUGUGUGUGUGUGUGUGUGUGUGUGUAUAUAUACUGAGAUCAUGUGACAGAUCAUGUAACGCACAAGUGGACUUUAUUUAACUAAUUAUGUGACUUCUGAAGGUAAUUGAUUGCACCAGAUCUUAUUUAGGGGCUUCAUAGCAAAGGUGGUGAAUACAUAUGCACGCACCACUUUUCUGCUAUUAAUUUUUUAGCAUUUUUUGAAACAAGUUAUUUUUUUUAUUUCACUUCACCAUUUUGGACUAUUCUGUGUAUGUCCAUUACAUGAAAUCCAAAUAAAAAUCAUUUUAAAUUACAGGUUGUAAUGCAACAAAAUAGGAAAAACGUCAAGGGGGAUGAAUACUUUUGCAAGGCACUGUACCUAAUGGUAUAGCUAUGACAUACCUAAUGAAUACAACAAAUUACCAACUUUACCCACUUCAUGUAAAAAUAAGAUACUACUAUUGGGUAAACUGUAUCUACUUGAAAAUAAAGUUCAAUACCCCCCCUCAUAAAAUAAAUGUAUUGAGACUAUGAUGAUUGAUAUUGUUCACGGUUAUUGCCCAUAAUUGUUGGUUAUACGAUUAUGCAAUAAUUGUGGCAGCCCCCCUUGUGGCAGCCCUACUUACUGUAGAAGGAAGACUGCUCUUUUGGGAGAUAAACAGCCUAUAUCAAUGGAUGGGUUCUGAUCUGGAAUCAAAUCAAAACAGUAGCAUCCUAUAGUUCUCUCUGUUUAGCCCAGUUGGCACAUAUGAGCUUGAUGCACCCCAACCCAAAGCAUCAUUGGCUUGAUGUAGUACAAACCUGCUGUUCUUUUGUAGAGAGAAACCAGUACCCAAACAAACCAGGAGAUAUCUGACCUUUUUUUCUCUCCACUGUUUGUUUCGCUGUGACCUUAUUGACAUUCUCCUUUCAAUGCCCAUUCAACCCUCAUACCGGUAUGUCCACACAAAACAAGUGUUUAUUGAUUUGAGUGCUGGAGUCAGGGUAACCUCGGCGUGUGUGUGUGGUGAUGGGGGGGGGGGGACACACAAUGGAACAAUAAAGACCCAUUCUGAAGAAGAUUCAGUGAGUGAAUGAGGGAGAGGGGAAGGAAACGGGUGGUGAAUGGUAAAGGAAGAGCAAUAAGAGGCUGUUCCAACCUGCUCCCUCACAUCACUCCAUGUGUUUGUUUGUUUGUGUUUUUGCCUGUGGGCCUGAUGAGCUGGGAGAGAUGACCCCUCUAAUCAGUAGAUUAGUCAUGAUGACGCUGGACUGGAGGCCUGAGGGAAGGGCACUUUAAUAUGCCCAGCACUUUCACCUUCUCUACCCCCCCCCCCCCCCCCCCCCCCCACCUUGCCACUUAGGCUUUUUGUGCGUUUUCCCAUAUGAUGCAAAGUGCCCUCUAUAGGUUAAAAUCCCUUAUCGUAUGUACUAUAGUCUGCCCUGCUAUGGAAACAUUUGCAUUUAUGCUACAUGGAUCUCGGAUGAAGACUAAGAUUCCUAAAAAGUCCAUUUUCUGCACAUUGAUGUUGAGCAUCCAUUGGAUUAUUCUCCACAGGAAUCUUCUCUCCAAUCCUCAUUUAGCUUAAUUGCUGCUGAGCCCAGGCCUAGCGAGAGAGACGGGGAGAUUGUGAGAGAGGUGAAGGUAGCUGUAAUGAGAAAGGUGUGAUGUAUUAAUCAGGCCUGACGUCUCUCAUCCCUUCUAAUCUCAUCAAAUGGCAGAGAGCUCCCAGUUCCGCCCAGCAACAUCUGUAGACUCAACAGGUGGAUAAACACCCCAUUUAAAACCAGCUUUCCACCCAAUGAUACUGGAGGAUGCAGCACUUUACACAGCAGAUGGAUGUAGUCUAGUCUCCAGUGUUUCACCAGGUGGUUGAGGAUUGAAGUUACUGCUGGUUUAGAGGUUUGGUGGUAUGUUGGACUUGUUAAGUGUGUGUUUGUGUCUAGUUUGCUGGAAGGUGGAAGGAGCAGAGGCACCGUGAGGAUAGGUUUGUUGUCUGGAGAAAGGUGUGUGUGUGUGUGUGUGUGUAUGGAGGCUGGGAAUUAUUCUGUACACGAGAAACCUUGUAGUCACAUUGUGAUUAGAGGCUGUUUUUGCCUUAGGCUGAGAAAUGUACUACAGCGAUGCAGCCCAUGGAGUCGUUUCAUCAGUUCCGCCCUGGCCUAAUGGCCAAUUUAGCCAGCUAACGACAGGCGGUGCGGCACUACACGCCUGGUAAUGUUUGAAGAGUCGCCUCCUGAAAAUUUGAUGAAGAUUAGGAUUGCAAUGCCUCAUGAAUACGGUUUCUCUCUCGCCAUUCCUCCCUCACUCUCCUUUCUCUCUGACUUACCUUCCCUCUGGUUGGACAUAGGUUAAUUGGUAUUGAGCUAUUUCCACUUGGUACAGAAUGUCUCCCUGUGUAAUGUCACCUGCUUGCCUCAUGUGGACAUUGGUUAUGUAAUGGUUAGAUCCUUCAGUCCUGUGAUCUUGGCUAAGGUCUGAGGGAAUGUCCCGUGCUUAAGCCUAUUAAAGUAGCUGUACUGCACAUCCAGGUUACUAAAGUUCCUUGACCUCAAGUUUACUAGGUCACUGUUUAACUCUGAAUUCCCCUACACUCAAGUUUAGUACCCUUACAUUUUAGUGUCCUUAUCUUUCACCUCCCAAGGCGCCUGCCUUAUCACACGUCACUGUCUAGGCCUGUGUCCUGUCUAAUUCUACCGGUUGUCUCAUUGGAUCCUCUCCUCCAAUCCACUUUUAAGCGAGAGGUGAGUAAACAAGGACUAAGGAUGCAAGGAUUUGACCGCUAGUAGCGUUUCCAGACACUGUCUAUAUGUACUGUCCUUAUUCUACCUGCUGUCUCAUUGGCCCCCUUCUGUUUCUCCUCAGGAAGUAGGCAGGGCCGCUGUAAGGUGAUUGACCUGUGACCUUUGGACUUGGUGAUUUGGUGGUUCGCUGCGGACGCCAGCUCUCAGAUGGAUUAACAGGUGAGCUCACCCACAGCCAGCAGAACACUCAUCUACUAAUAAUUUGCUCCUUACAGAUGAUGGACCCAAUUCAACUCCUUUAUUGGACAUUGACUGCAUUUCAGACCCAUUCAAAGUGUAAAACAGGCACAAAACAAGAGUGGACUUUGAAUAUGCAUGAUAUAAAAACACUACACCUUCCAACAAAAGCAGCAGAAAUGAGGCGCUGUCGUUUUAUUUAGAGAUACUAAUAAAAUAUCCUGUACAUGUCAUGAUGCAAAUUGGCUCCGAGUACUUUUGAUUGUUCAUUCCUGUUGAUGGAUCCACCAAUGUGUUAUUUGAAAGAUUGUUCCAGUUUCUGUGACCCGGGGGCUAGCGUGGGGAACCUCAUCAGGUUUGGGCUUACUUACCUGCUGGCCCAGGUAACCAGAGCCCUCCGCCUUCAUCCUGGGUACCUAUUAAUAUUUGAACAGGGCCUAGCCCAAUCAGCUGAAAUAUUCUGUGGACAUGGAGAGACUUACUUGGGUUUUAACCUACUGUGUGUAUGAUGCUAGUACCACAGUGACAAUACAGUCCCUAACCCACAUCACCUCAUUAUGGAUUGCAUUCUAGAGCAUGAUUUAUCCAUGUAACCCAAGACCUUUAUAAAUUAUAUAGGAGGUUCUGGCUUCAUACACUAGUUCUACCCAUGUGUAGCAUCAACAUGCCACAGUUGGUUCCCAGGCGCUACCCAAACCAGUUUUUCUGGGCUUGUUGCCUGUAUGGUGCUGUUGUGUGAUGUGAUGAUAUCAUUGUCUGUAAUUUAUCCAUUGAUUUGCCUAACUGUUGGUUGAUGGGAGGGAUUUUGGGCUCUGGCAAGGCAGGCAACAGAACUGUAGCUCAGGGAUUUUAUGGGUGUACAAAGAAAGAGUAUGAGAGAAGGAAUAGAGAAGGAGUUGUGAAAGAGGAGUCAUCAAAUUGUAUUUGUCACAUGCGCCGAAUACAACCGGUGUAGAACUUACUGUGAAAUGCUUACUUACAAGCCCUUAACCAACAAUGCAGUUCAAGAAAUAGAGUUAAGAAAAUAUUUACUAAACAAACAAAAUUAAAUAAAAAGUAACACCAAUAACAUAACAGGCCCUGCUGACCUUUCACCUUGACUGACCUCCAUGAAUAGCUCCUGUCAGAAUGUGUCUUCUGGCUGGGUGGUUGUGUGUGUGUUGUGAGUGUGUGUACUCAACCCAGUGGAUUAAGCCUCCAGAAUACACCUUGUGCUUCCAGUAAAACGACUCCUGCCAAGUCUGACUGGACUUUGAACGAGUGGCUUUAUGUCUGUACUGGGGCCAGAUCUCAAAUACUUCACUAUCUGGAUCCAACUAGUGGCAAUGCACCUACUGAACCCCAGAGCAAUGCUAGGGUAUGAUGCCAGCUCUUCUGUAAUCCAGCUCUAUAGUGUAUAGGCCAUUCUGCUCUUGGCUGGGUGCAUAUCUGGAGCAGCUGGAUUACAGAAGAAGCAGUGGGUUAGGGGGUGAUAAUGUGCUCUUGAGUCUCCUUUGUAUAUGAGACAGGAGGUGAUUUGGACAAAUGGCCGCUCAUUUACCAACCAUGGCUUGCCAAACCCCUUUGAUGUUUGUCAUAAAGUGAUUCAUCUUCACUGUCCGUCGGUCUGUUUUAAGAGGAGAUAAAAGUAGCACUAGUCUUUCAAGAUGGCUGUUUGUGAUGAGGGGUUGUGAAGGAGAAACUAUUUUUUAUAGCUAGCAUCCUGCAAGGUUUUUCUGUUUCAAGGUUUUUGAUGUAGUGUGCACGCACUCACAGUCUGAUUUGUAAUCUGUUUCUACCAUUUGUCCUUCUCUUUUCUUCCUCUGCAACACGUGUUCUGUUGUUCUUUGACUGCUCUUCAUCUCCCAACCUUUUCCCCUCUCCCCAACACUGGCUUCCUCCUCUUUAGCCAUCCCUUUCUUCUCUCUCUCCUUUUCUACUGGCUUCCUGGUGGUGGAGUCAAUGGAACCUCCUGUAGUAAAACUUCUCUCUUCUGUCUUUCACUUCUCUCUUCUGUCUUUCUCUCCCGCUCCCUCUUCAUUUCAGCGAUUCAUGCUGCCUUCUCUGUGUGGCACUGUGUUUUUGACAGAGUUGUGAGGCAAAGGUUGUAACUAGCUAGUUGACUGACUCAUGCAUUGUUAACUGUGUGUGUAUUUUGGCAACGUUGUGUGAUGAGGGUUGAAAUUGACUGGAAUGUAGACACACAGUGGCAGUGGGGUUGAAAGGGUUUCCAGCCUGUGCUCGAUGCUGGCCUCUCGGGCCUGCUCUGCUCGGACGAGGGGAGGUCUUUUGUCUCACACAGAGGUCACACACGCAGUGCUGCUGUCACUCAACAGGAGCCCACGUCAAAACAAAGCAUGGAGCAGAAACAUCAGGUUAUAGUGACCUAAUGUGUUCUCUCAUACGCAAAUGCUUUUUACACCGUAUGCAUUCCAAUGUAUUAGCAGGUGGUCGUAGAAUCUGUGUGUGGUGUAGAGACUUGACUGGACUCUACAGCUUGUGUGAUUAAGCCCCUCCAGAUUGAGGAAAGGGCAUGGUGAGAGGAAUGCCCAUCUGAAGUGUGUGUGUGUGUGGGAGCAGAGAUGGUGGGAGGGCUUUCUUGUCUCUCAGGGGAGAAACAUGAGAGGGAAAGGGGGCUGGAAGUGUAGAGAAGAGGCGGGCAUGGUUUCAAAGCUGAACAGUGAAGGUUAGACGAGAGGGCUGAAAUGUUGACAUGAACAAGUAUGUCAUGUUAUCUCCAUACUUGUAAGGUGACCUGUGUGAGAGGAGGAGUAACAUGAUACAGCUCUCCCACCAUUCUGCCCUCCCUCCUCCUCUCUUUCUCCCUCAGUUUCCCUCUAUUCAGUAUCCUACUGAAGUAACACUACAGAGCAUUCUCUCUCUUUCCCUCACUCAUGAUGAGGCUGCCUCCGCAGCAACUAGCAAAGUACAUUCCAGGCAGGGUGGCUUUCAGCUCUGAGUUCUAGAAGGUUUGGUCAGUGGCAUGUCCACAGAACUUCUACCCAAUAACAACAACAGCUCUGAUUCUCUACUCCCUAUUCACUUUCCUCUCAGCUGCAGUUUUUUUUGUCCUCAGGACUAGCCUAUUGUAUCAGUCACUUAGUCAGUGAGGGACUGUUUACCAGUCUCUCUUUGUUCUCUUUCCUGCUCUUUUUCUUUGUUCCCUCGCUCCACUUGAAGCACAGAGCGAGAGAGCGACUGGGUUGUUUUGUAAUAGUUGGGAAAUACUUUCUGUGGCCCUGUGCUUAGCCACCUCCCUCUCUCUCUCCCUCGUUCAUUCCCUCUUUCUUUCCCUCCCUCUCUCCUUCCAGCGACUGUUUUCCUGUCACUCACACACAUUCUUUUUUUCUGUCUUUCUCUCUCAAUCCACAGUGUUCUGACCACAGUUAAACAAGGCUUUUAGGAAUAGUCAGAGAUUACCUCUCUCCUCUGUUUGCGUACAUGUUGCAUUGAGUUGUGAGAAAGUUAAAUGCUGAGACCAGCUUGACUUUGGAUAUCGCUUCGCAUGGUAAGAAGUCUGUCUGUUUCUUUUUCCAUGUUCUCUCGCUCUCUCUGUCACGUGCACUCUCGCUCUGUCUGUCUCUCUCUCUCGUGUGGGUGUGUGGUACAGUUGUGUUCAAGCUACGUCGUUCUGGCGUGCUAUAGGGACUCAGUGUAGGAAAUAUACAAUUAAGGGAGCUGUGUGGUAUUCUAGCAUUCCACAGCUGUUUGGCUAACAGAGAGAGAGAAGCCACUUCCUCUAGGUUUGAGUUACACAAGUCUGGAGAGUAGGAGAGUGACUGUCUUCUGUCCUGUGAGACGAUGUGCUCUGCUUUUAACAGUAAGCAGUAAAGCAUACUCACUAUCAGGAUGUUGUGCUCAAAGUCUUAAAGUAUUGGAUUUCACCUUGGCUCUCUCACUGUAACAGUAUCCUGUGGUUUGUUGUCAUACUUGCACUACGGUAGUGUACUAUUAUUCAGUCUCACAGUAAAUCCCUCAGUGUUGUAUUUAAGUUACUGUUAGAGCAAGUCAUAUUUGUGUUAGGUAGAGUGUGUACGACUAGUGAUGUGCUCACCCUAUCACUAACACAGUUCAUUCACACCUCUGUAUGUGUGAACUAGCCCUGGCUCAGAUGGACUGGAUCACUGAAAUAGCUGACUCCGCCCACGUUUUGUGUAUCAAUGGAGUUAUUCUCAGAAUCUCACAUAAGUGUUACCCCUAAUCUUCCAAUACGCCCACAUAUCAUUGUGAUGUUUUCCCCCUCUGCUCAAUAGUCAUUUCUAGAGAGGUUGAACUCCAGUGGAGUUGGAUUGAUCCCCUGGCCAGCCAAUGGCCCACGACACUGACAACAACACAAUGUAAUGGGAAUCCAUUUACAAUGAGUUAGGACUGUGCGAGGGACAUCUAGUGCUCCACAAAGCACAUGAGAUGGAGGGGAGGAACAAGGGAUAGAGGGAGAGAGGGACAAUCUUAGCGAUAAGGGAUAGCAUGUGGCUGAGAGGUGCGAUAAGGGGACAGGGAGGAUAGGAUGUAUGGAAACAAAGGGUUGCUAGCGAAGACAUGCACUGUUUUAAAAUCCACUUAGAAUCAGAGAAUCUGCUAUUUAUUAGCUCUAUAACUCAGACUGUGUGCAUGUGGAAAACUGCAUGUCCGUUUGUCUGUGUGUGUGUCAGUUCAAAGCUACUGUCACUCCUUUGAUCUUGUCUGCUAUAAUGCAUCUGUAAGGCACGUAUGAGUCUAUCUGUGUGGCCUUGUAUUGUCCGGCCAGUCUCUGUAUUUGAUAUGGUAAUAACGACACUGCCAACGCCAGCCAGCUAGCAGUGGCCGUCUACAUGCCAGCUCCUCUCACCUAUACUAACAGAGGAGAGGUACCAGAAUAACUAGUGAUGUUCUUAUUCCUCUGCUUUCUCUACUUUGCUCUUCAUCCCUUCCUCUUUUACCCAUCUCUUCCCCCUUCCUGUAAUCUCCCUCCUUUCCUCUCCCCUCUUUUCAUCACUCCAGAUUUCCUCCCUUAAGGCAUGGACACACCGGUAGCGUUUUCCGGCCCGAGAGUACUUAGCACCUCGGGCCGGCAAGAAUCGCACAAUAAUUUUGUCAGUCAGACGCCCACCCGUGGGUGGUCCCUAAAACGAAUGUUGAACGAACGGCAGAUGAACGGCAGAUUGACGUUUGUUGCGGUGUGUGCGCUCCCUUACACCCAUCUCCUCUCUUACAUCCAUCUCCUCCCUUACACCCAUCUCCUCCCUUACACCCAUCUCCUCCCUUACACCCAUCUCCUCCCUUACACCCAUCUCCUCCCUUACACCCAUCUCCUCCCUUACACCCAUCUCCUCCCUUACACCCAUCUCCUCUCUUGCGGGCUCGCUCUCCCUCUUCUUUUAACACUCCUCAUCCCUCUUUCACUCUCUACCACCAAUCUCCCCUCCUAUCAUCCCUCUCUCUUUCUCCCCUCCUCACCUAUACACAUCCUCUUGUCCUCUCCACUCCUCCCCUCAUCAUUACCUCUACUCCACCCAUCUCCUAUCCUGUCGUCUCUCCCGCCCACAUUUCCUCUCCUCCACAGCUCAAACUAUAUUGAAGAGGACAGAGGCCCUGAUUAGUAUAAACACCAGAUGGUUUUGUGUGUGUGCAUUCACACACUGGCCACAGGGGUCAAGAGAACACUCACAACACACAUACAGAGAGAUUGUACUUCACUCACAGGAUGGAGAGACCGACUCACACACACCAAUGGCACAUAGGCUCAGAAGUGUGUGCACGUGCGUUGCUAAUGCUAUUGACAUGUGACUGCAGACAUCUGGGUAAUUAAGUUCAGAUCAACAGGACAGUAAAUGUCACUCCUUUUCCAUUCAUUGCCACGCCAUUAUGCACCAUUGAUUUCUCUUUCUUCCCUCUCUAGUUUGUCAUCUAAUUGUCUGUCCUGGUGUUUCCCCCCAGGGGUCAUAAGAUGAUGAGUAGCUUCCCUCAGACGAGACAAACCACUUAUUACAAAAGGGCUAUCUCCGUCAGCAUGUGUCUGCAUGUCAUAAAACAACACAGACAGACAGACGCGUAGUGACUAUCUGAUGGAGUAGCACUGUAAUCAGUAAGUCUCAGUGGGCCUCAUUACAUUAUGUGUUGUGAUAAAUAGCACCCUUCAUUCCAGCACAAAUGGCACCAUGAGUCAUUGGACUUAUAAAUUAAUGAAUAUGUAAAUGGGAGAUGUAGCUUUUAUUUGUAUAGAGACAGCGCAAUGUAAAUUAGGUUUGAAACACACACACUGGCACGUACGUACUGCUUCCCACAGACAGUUUGUCAGUGUUUGUGUUAUGUGGUUAUUAAAUCUGGAGCUGGCUAGCCUCCUCUGCCUCAACACCUCUCUUUCUCUCCCCCUGGUGUUUGGGUUCAGAGUGUGACCUCUUCCCUCCAUUGUGUCCCAGCAGCAGCUCUGCUCUCUCAGGGAGGUGCAGUGUUCGUACCAUUCCUAACUACUCCCUCUCCCCUCUUGUUUUAAUGACCUCUUACGCUCCAUCGUCAAGUUCUUCUCUCGUGCCUCUCUUCCCAUCCUCUCUUUCUCCUCUCUUCGACAGAGUGGCCUCUUGACGAGUUCCUUUCUCUCAACAAGGGGUUCUCCUCUCAACAGAGGUCUCUCUUCUCUCGAAGCAGAUGGUCCUCUCUUGAAGAGUGGGCCUUUCUACAUGUCUCUCUCUCGGCAAGCCUCCAUUCCACAAGGUCUCUCUUCUCAGUCUCUUUCAGCGAUGUCCCUAGCAUGUCCUCCUCGACAAGUGUCCUCUCUCUUUCUCAAGCAGAUGGUCUCUCUCUCUCAGCAAGUGGUUCUCUCUCUCCGAAGCAGAGUGGUCUUCUCUUCUCUCAAGCGAGUGGUCUCUCUCUUCUCUCGAGCAGAGUGGUCUCUCUCUCUCUCACAGAGUGUCCUCUUUUCUCUCAGCAAGGGUCUCUCUCUCUCCUCUCAACAAGUGGUCUCUCUCUUUUCGAAGCAAUGGGUCUCUCCUCCUCCCCUCUCUCAACAGAGUGGUCUCUCUCUUUCUCGAAGCAGAUGGUUCUUCUCUCUCGGGAGUGGUCUCUCUCUCUCUCCUCCGAACAGAGUGGGUCUCUCUCUCUCUCUCUCGAAGCAGAGUGGGUUCUCUCUUCUCCUCCUCGAAGCAGAGUGGGUCUCUCCUCUCUCUCUCUCUCGAAGCAGAGUGGGUCUCUCUCUCUCUCUCGAAGCAGGUGGGUCUCUCUCUCCUGUCUCUCUCUCCGAAGCAGAGUGGUCGUCUCUCUCUCUCUCUCGAAGCAGAGUGGGUCUCUCUCUCUCUCUCGACAAGUGGUCUCUCUCCUCUCUCUCUCGAAGCAGAGUGGGUCUCUCUCUCUCUCUCUCGAAGCAGAGUGGGUCUCUCUCUCUCUCUCUCGAAGCAGAGUGGGUCUCUCUCUCUCUCUCUGCAUGUCCUCUUGAAGCAGAGUGGGUCUCUCUCUCUCUUCUCGAAGCAGAGUGGGUCUCUCUCUCUCUCUCUCGAAGCAGAGUGGGUCUCUCUCUCUCCUCGAAGCAGAGUGGUUCUUCUCUCUCUCUUCGAGCAGAGUGGUCUCUCUCUCUCUCGAAGCAGAGUGGGUCUCUCUCUCUCUCUCUCUCUCUGAAGCAGAGUGGGUCUCUCUCUCUCUCUCUCUCUCGAAGCAGAGUGGGUCUCUCUCUCUCUCUCCGAAGCAGAGUGGGUCUCUCUCUCUCUCUCUCGAAGCAGAGUGGGUCUCUCUCUCUCUCUCGAAGCAGAGUGGGUCUCUCUCUCUUCUCUCUCGAAGCAGAGUGGGUCUCUCUCUCUCUCUCAACAGUGGUCUCCUCUCCUCGAAGCAGAGUGGGUCCUCUCUCUCUCUCUCGAAGCAGAUGGGUCUCUCUCUCUCCUCGAAGCAGAGUGGGUCUCUCUCUCUCUCUCUCGAAGCAGAGUGGGUCUCUCUCCUCUCUCCUCUCGAAGCAGAGUGGGUCUCUCUCUCUCUCGAGCAGAGUGGGUCCUCUCUCUCUCUCGAAGCAGAGUGGUCUCCUCUCUCUCUCGAAGCAGAGUGGGUCUCUCUCUCUCUCUUUUCGAAGCAGAGUGGGUCUCUCUCUCUCGAGCAGAGUGGUCUCCUCCUCUCUCUCUCGAGCAAGUGGUCUCCUCUCUCUCGAAGCAGAGUGGGUUCUCUCUCUCUCUCGAAGCAGAGUGGGUCUCCUCUCUCUCUCUCUCUCUCUCGAAGCAGAGUGGGUCUCUCUCUCUCUCUCGAAGCAGAGUGGGUCUCUCUCCUCUCUCGAAGCAGAGUGGGUCUCUCUCUCUCUCUCGAAGCAGAGUGGGUCUCUCUCUCUCUCUCUCUCGAAGCAGAGUGGGUCUCCUCCCCCUCUCUCUCUCGAAGCAGAGUGGGUCCUCCUCCUCUCUCUCUCUCUCUCGAAGCAGAGUGGGUCCUCCUCUCUCUCUCUCGAAGCAGAGUGGGUCUCUCUCUCUCUCUCGAAGCAGAGUGGGUCUCUCUCCUCUCCUAAGCAGAGUGGGUCUUCUCUCUCUCUCUCGAAGCAGAGUGGGUCUCUCUCUCUCUUCUCUCUCUCUCGAAGCAGAGUGGGUCUCUCUCUCUCUCUCUCGAAGCAGAGUGGGUCUCUCUCUCUCUGAAGCAGAGUGGGUUCUCUCUCUCGAAGCAGAGUGGGUCUCUCUCUCUCCUCGAAGCAGAGUGGGUCUCUCUCUCUCUCUCUCUCGAAGCAGAGUGGGUCUCUCCUCUCGAGCAGAGUGGGUCUUCUCUCUUCCCGAAGCAGAGUGGGUCUCUCUCUCUCUCUCUCGAAGCAGAGUGGGUCCUCUCUCCUGUCUCCUCUCUCGAAGCAGAGUGGGUCUCUCUCUCCUCUCUCUCGAAGCAGAGUGGGUCUCUCUCUCUCUCCUCUUCGAAGCAGAGUGGGUCUCUCUCUCUCUCUCGAAGCAGAGUGGGUCUCUCUCUCCUGUCUCUCUCUCGAAGCAGAGUGGGUCUCUCUCCCCUCUCUCGAAGCAGAGUGGGUCUCUCUCGCUCUCUCUCUCGAAGCAGAGUGGGUCUCUCUCUCUCUCUCCGAAGCAGAGUGGGUCUCUCUCUCUCUCGAAGCAGAGUGGGUCUCCUCUCCUCUCGAAGCAGAGUGGGUCUCUCUCCUCCUCGAAGCAGAGUGGGUCUCUCUCUCUCUCGAAGCAGAGUGGGUCCUCUCUCUCUCGAAGCAGAGUGGGUCUCUCUUCUCUCGAAGCAGAGUGGGUUCUCUCUCUCGAAGCAGAGUGGGUCUCUCUCUCUCGAAGCAGAGUGGGUCUCUCUCUCGAAGCAGAGUGGGUCUCUCUCUCGAAGCAGAGUGGGUCUCUCUCUCGAAGCAGAGUGGGUCUCUCUCUCGAAGCAGAGUGGGUCUCUCUCUCGAAGAGUGGUCUCUCUCUCGAAGCAGAGUGGGUCUCUCUCUCGAAGCAGAUGGGUCUCUCUCUCGAAGCAGAGUGGGUCUCUCUCUCGAAGCAGAGUGGGUCUCUCUCUCGAAGCAGAGUGGGUCUCUCUCUCGAAGCAGAGUGGGUCUCUCUCUCGAAGCAGAGUGGGUCUCUCUCUCGAAGCAGAGUGGGUCUCUCUCUCGAAGCAGAGUGGGUCUCUCUCUCUCGAAGCAGAGUGGGUCUCUCUCUCUCUCUCUCUCUCUCUCUCUCUCUCUCUCAGCAGAGUGGGUCUCUCUCUCUCUCUCAGCAGAGUGGGUCUCUCUCUCUCUCGAAGCAGAGUGGGUCUCUCUCUCUCUCUCUCUCGAAGCAGAGUGGGUCUCUCUCUGGAAGCAGAGUGGGAGUGUUUUUGAAACAGGAAAUUUGGAACAGCUGGGAAACAGGGAUGCAGAUGAAAGUCAGUGGGUUUAUGGGAAAUGUAGUGGCAGGAUGACUGUGCCAGAGAUAGUCAUGUAAAAUCUGUGUAAUGGUAACUUACUGUUUUGAUGUCUUUGUUGUGGAAUGAUUUCUCAAAUCUUUUUGGUCUUGUUUUGUCUCCACUCCUUCUAAAAGAGCCCUCAUAAAUUCUGUAUCACCCAGAGGAAUGUUAGAGUUCCGUCUAGAAUAUCCUUCCUUUUUAAGAACACACACAGACCUUUUCAUUGUGUAUGUGCAUGUGAGUGACCCCACAUUUGUCAUGGUGUGUUUCGUUAUACAAUGUAUGGUCCUCUCUGUUCAGUAUCUGGUGAGUGUGUAGAUGUGUGGUUGAGACUGAGUGACUACAUUUCUGGAGUGGUGGUGCAGUCUCCCUUGUUUGGUGCGUAGUUUGUGAAAGUUCAUCAUGUCUGGUUUGACACUGACACACACACAGAGUAUCUGUAGCGGUGGUGCCCUUGGAGUGUGAAGCUGGUAACUGAGGAGGUAGAAGAGGAAUGUCUGAGUGCAUCAGUGGAAGAGAAGAAAAGUUCAUCCUCCCUUUUUGUUGCUCAGAUGUUCCCCCUUUUUUUCUAGAGUGCUGUUAGGAACCACAGAGCAGCCUGAGGCUGUUUCAGACUGGUACAUCUUUCUUUCUCUCGUGUGCUUCCUCCCCUCCCCCUCUCUCUACUCUUUUGACGCACUGUGGUUUUAUUUUGGGUGAAGGAAGCCUUGUGCAGCUGCAUUAGCCUGUCUGUUUGAGAGUUGAAUUUCGAUAUGUAAGAAAAAGGGUAUUUUUUUUAUUUUUGUAUUGUCUUCCCACAGCCACUGUGUGUAACAUGAGUUUGGGAAAGUGAGAAUAUGUUAUGUCAUGAUAAAGUCAAGUAAUGUUUUCCUCUCUCUGUGUCUCUCCUCUAGGAGCGAGGUUCCUCUGACAGUGGACUGAGUGUCUCUGUGAGAGCGUCUCUCAGCCUGGGACGACUGCCCUUCUGGCCACAGCGCCCAUGAGGUAACGGCGGGAAGCCCCAUACCACCCUCGCUCCGCCCUCUGCCCCCAUCCCCCUCUCCCUCCAUCCCCCUCUCUAGCGAUGGGUCAGAAGAUCUCAGGCAGCAUCAAGUCAGUGGACGCAAGGGGCGAGCCCUCAUACCGUCCGGUCCGCCGUGAGCUGCGGGGUCCAGACUUCUGCCGGCCUCCUCGUCUGGACCUGCUUCUGGACAUGCCCCCUGUGACCUCUGACCUGCAGAUCCACCACGCCUGGAACCCCGAAGACCGCUCGCUCAACGUCUUUGUCAAGGAGGACGACAAGCUGACCUUCCACCGCCACCCGGUGGCCCAGAGCACCGACUGCAUCCGCGGGCGGGUGGGCUACACACGGGGGCUCCAUGUCUGGCGGAUCCACUGGCCGGCGAGACAACGAGGAACACAUGCUGUCGUAGGGGUGGGCACCGCUAACGCUCUUCUACACUCUGUGGGAUACACAGCCCUGGUGGGUUCUGACUGUGAGUCAUGGGGCUGGGACUUGGGCCGGAACAGACUCUACCACGACAGUAAGAACCGGCCGGCCUCCACCUUGGCACCAACGUACCCAUGUUUCCUGGAGGCAGACGAGUCGUUUGUUCUGCCUGAUGCCCUGCUGGUGGUGCUGGACAUGGACGAGGGCACGCUCAGCUUCAUGGUGGACGGCCAGUACCUGGGCGUGGCCUUCAGAGGGUUAAAGGGCAAGAGGCUGUACCCCAUCGUCAGCGCCGUGUGGGGACACUGUGAGGUCUCCGUCCGCUACGUCAAUGGACUGGAUCGUAAGUCUAUGUCCUUAUGCCUUGACAGUGGGGAACCUCUCUCUCGCUCUCUGGCUGUUUUGCCUUCUGUUUGUUCUGUCUACGUUAUAUUGUGGGAUUUGCUGUAGUCUGUGCUGUGGUUUUGCAUACCACAGUCAGCAUACAGCAUAGCAUACUCUGACAAGGCUAUGUAUUCUCUAAUACUGUAUCUCAAAGCAACUAUAAUAUCAGCAAGUCAAUGCUGCAUUAUACCUUGAUGGUGCUCACUUUACUUUCUCUCUGGCUCUUGUUUAGAAAACAGUAAAGCACAAUGUCAAAACCCAGUGACUCAUACAUCCAUCUUCUCUCCAUCUCUCUGAAUGUGAAACUGAGUCGGAGCGCUCACUUUGCAUUGUUACUAUGUAGAUGAGGGGAGGCAGGCGGGACGAGGGAUGUGUCUGUAGGAAAUGUUGAACAGCACAAUGAUAUUGUGUUUGGAGCCGGGGACAGCAGCUUGGGCUUAUUUUAGAAAUGCUGAGGCAGCCUCUCUGGGCCGGGGGAAAUUUCUGCUGAAUCGACCCGCGCAGAGCACAUGAAUAUGACCGGGGGGAGAGAUGGAGGGAUGGAGAGAUGGAGGAAGAAAAUAGAAUGGGGGGGAAAGGAGGGAGUGAGAGACGGAGAGGGGAUAGUGAUUAAGAGGGCAAGGGAUGAAGUUUAAUAAUAAAUUAAACUUAUAGAGCUUUUCAUUACAAUCUCAAAGCGCUUUAAGCAAUGAAAAAAACAUGCAAUUUUGUAAAACAGUAGGUCAUGGUAGUUAGUUAAUGGCUUCAGCAGUCAGCGCCAGGAGGAAGGCUAGAGUAGAGGCAGUUCGGAGAUGAAACGGAGGGGGUCACAUCCAAGCGGUUUCAGACUGGUCCAGAGCCGUUCAUCAGGGCGCCCUUGCCAGCGCUGAAGCAGCACCUCUCAGUAGUACUCUCUGAAGUCAGACUCCAUGGGUAGAGCCCCCCCCCCCCGCCGAUGUGUAGCACCCACCUGGGUGAAGCCGCGAAGGUGCCAGAAAAGCACACUGCACAUCAGGGUGAAGCCGCGAAGGUGCCAGAAAAGCACACUGCACAUCAGGCCAGAAUAGUCCGCCUUGAAGCUAACCACUGCAGAAAACUGCUCAAAAAGGUUGAAGGAGAAAUACAUGUUGGAUUUAGUCAUCUACACUACCAGUCAAAAUUUUGGACACACCUACUCAUUCAAGUGUUUUUCUUUAUUUUUACUAUUUUUUACAUUGUAGAAUAAUAGUGAAGACAUCAAAACUAUGUAGGAACCAAAAAAGUGUUAAACAAAUCAAAAUAUAUUUUAGAUUCUUCAAAGUAGCCACCCUUUGCCUUGAUGACAGCUUUGCACACUCUUCGCAUUCUCUCAACCAGCUUCAUGGGGUAGUCACCUGGAAUGCAUUUCAAUUAACAGGUGUGCCUUCCUAAAAGUUAAUUUGUGGAAUUUAUUUCCUUCUUAAUGCGUUUGAGCCAAUCAGUUGUGUUGUGACAAGGUAGGGGGGUAUACAGAAAAUUGCCCUAUUUGGUAAAAGACCAAGUCCAUAUUAUGGCAAGAACAGCUGAAAUAAGCAAAGAGAAACGACAGUCCAUCAUUACUUUAAGACAUGAAGGUCAGUCAAUCCGGAAAAUUUCAAGAACUUUUAAGUUUCUUUAAAGUGCAGUCGCAAAAUCCAUCAAGCGCUAUGAUGAAAUUGGCUUUCAUGAGGACCGCCACAGGAAUGGAAGACCCAGAGUUACCUCUGCUGCAGAGGAUAAGUUAAUUAGUUACCAGCCUCAGAAAUUGCAGCCCAAAUAAAUGCUUCACAGAGUUCAAGUAACAGACACAUCUCAACAUCAACUGUUCAGAGGAGACUGUGCGAAUCAGGCCUUCAUAGUCGAACUGCUACAAAGAAACCACUGCUAAAGGACACCAAAAAGAAGAAGAGACUUGGUUGGGCCAAGAAACACGAGCAAUGGACAUUAGACUGGUGGAAAUUAGUCCUUUGGUCUGGAGUCCAAAUUUGAGAUUUUUGGUUCCAACCGUGUGUCUUUGUGAGAUGCGGUGUGGGUGAACGGAUGAUCUCCGCAUGUGUAGUUCCCACCGUAAAGCAUGGAGGGGGAGGCGUUAUGGUGUGGGGUGCUUUGCUGCUGACACUGUCUGUGAUUUGUUUAGAAUUCAAGGCACACUUAACCAGCAUGGCUACCACAGCAUUCUGCAGCGAUACGCCAUCCCAUCUGGUUUGGGCUUAGUGGGACUAUAAUAUGUUUUUCAACAGGACAAUGACCCAACACACCUCCAGGCUGUGUAAGGGCUAUUUUACCAAGAAGGAGAGUGAUGGAGUGCUGCAUCAGAUGACCUGGCCUCCACAAUCCCCCGAUCUCAACCCAAUUGAGAUGGUUUGGGAUGAGUCGGACCGGAAAAGCAGCCAACAAGUGCUCAGCAUAUGUGGGAACUCCUUCAAGACUGUUGGAAAAGCAUUUCAGGUGAAGCUGGUUGAGAGAAUGCCAAGAGUGUGCAAAGCUGUCAUCAAGGCAAGGGGUGGCUAUUUGAAGAAUAUUUUUUGGUUACUACAUGAUUCCAUAUGUGUUAUUUAAUAAUUUUAAUGUCUUCACUAUUAUUCUACAAUGUAGAAAAUAGUCAAAAUAAAGAAAAACCCUUGAAUGAGUAGGUGUGUCCAAACUUCUGAAUGGUACUGUAUGUGUCUGUCAGUCAGUCAUGGAUUUUGGACAUAAUGGACUUGAGACGAUGGGGCUGUGUGUUGAGACAGAAAGAGCAUAAGGGACUGUUUCCUCACUAGGUUAGUGCCAGAGACUCUGUGUCUGAAGAAUACUGUAGUAGUGACAGUCAGAGCAUGACUGGAGAUGCUGUAUACCAGUGGUGGCCUACCCUCCUCCUGCAGACCUACUGGUUACUGAGAUUCUACCAAUCAGCUGCUCAUCAGGGCCCAGAUUAGCUGUGUUAGCUGUGUUAGAGCAGGAGCUAGAAUACACCGCAGCUCUCCAGGAGAGUUUGCACUCUGGUCUCUGCUCUUUAUUUCUUUUUUGUUAGUGUAUUCUUUCUUUAAAACUGCAUUGUUGGUUAAGAACACACACAGGCCUUUCCAUUGUGUGUGUGUGGUCUACGCCUGUUAUAUUCGGCGCAUGUGUUGUCAAUCUACAGCCUCCAAUACACUAAUCAGUGGCAUGUCAGUACAGAGAGACUGGCUGAUAGAUAGUGUUUUAUACUGCAGACUGGCUGGGUUGACUGUGUACAGUACUGUGUGGAAUGACUGGCUCCGCUACUGUGGAGAGAAAGUGGGAGGGCCUUCUGGUGUGUGUUUCUCGGCCCUGCUCUGAUCUAUAAAAAGACCUGUGUUUACCCAUAGGAAGCAGCCUAAGCGCUCUCCUCUGUAAGUUUAGCAGAUGAUAUGAAUAUCACCUACUGUGGGAGUCAUCUAGGACCGUUCUGUCCCUUUGGAUUGUGUAACACUAUCACCCUCCCCCACUGCCCAAAGCAGGGCGAGGGCAUUUAGACGGUCAGACAUUAACUACAUUUUCAUGGCUGCAAGCCAGGUGUUUGUGUGUGAGUUCACGGAAGGCAGCCAGGAGUGGAGGAAUUCUGGAGGCAGUCCCAGUGUGCCUCUGAGCUCAACGUCUCGCCUUGCGAAGGGAGGUGUGUGUGUGUGUGUUUAUUGUGCCCCAUACAGUCACCCUCUGUUGCAUGGUUUUCUUGUUGUCUCAAUCUCACAGACCAACACACUGGGCUAUUUGUGUGGAACAUGUGACAUUAAUGCAUUUAUCUAUGGCCCAUUGGAACACAAGGCCUAUUAUGGUUUACUUUCAAGAGGACAAAGGAGGGGUUCUAGUGUUGGUUUAUUAUAAGGCAUGGGGUUGUGUCUCUGUCUCCCCUUCUAUUUCUCUCUAACCUUUUUCUCUCUCUCAAUUUCCCCUACAAUAUCCCUCUAUUUCUCUAGCGCUCUCUCUCCCUCUCUCCCCUCCGCUGUGUUUUCCAAACUAAAUGAAGCUAGAGGAAAGUUAAGGGAAUGUAGUUUUAUAAUGUAAGAGAAGCUAAUGGAAGCAGCUUAUGAGGCAUAACUCUAUCCACCCCAUGUCCCUGCUCUUUGUCACAACUCUGUAGCCUCAUUAUGUUAGCCUUCUAUAAAUAUUAUGUAGGGAUCCUGUGUGUGUCCUCUGCUCUCUGCAGUGAUGUUAGAGUAUUUAUUCAUUUUGCUGGAAUGCUCCAGAGGAAAGCAACAAUGCAGUUCAAGAAGUAGUGUGAAGAAAAUAUUUACUAAAUAAAGUAUAAAAUAAAAAGUAACACAAUAAAAUUACAUAGUGAGGGAAAAAAGUAUUUGAUCCCCUGCUGAUUUUGUACGUUUGCCCACUGACAAACAAAUGAUCAGUCUAUAAUUUUAAUGGUAGGUUUAUUUGAACAGUGAGAGACAGAAGAACAACAAAACAACGCAUGUCAAAAAUGUUAUAAAUCGAUUGGCAUUUGAAUGAGGGAAAUAAGUAUUUGACCCCCUCUCAAUCAGAAAGAUUUCUGGCUCCCAGGUGUCUUUUUAUACAGGUAACGAGCUGAGAUUAGGAGCACACUCUUAAAGGGAGUGCUCCUAAUCUCAGCUUGUUACCUGUAUAAAAGACACCUGUCCACAGAAGCAAUCAAUCAAUCAGAUUCCAAACUCUCCACCAUGGCCAAGACCAAAGACCUCUCCAAGGAUGUCAGGGAAAGAUUGUAGACCUACACAAGGCUGGAAUGGGCUACAAGACCAUCGCCAAGCAGCUUGGUGAGAAGGUGACAACAGUUGGUGUGAUUAUUCGCAAAUGGAAGAAACACAAAAGAACUGUCAAUCUCCCUCAGCCUGGGGCUCCAUGCAAAAUGUCACCUCGUGGAGUUGCAAUGAUCAUGAGAACGGUGAGGAAUCAGCCCAGAACUACACGGGGGGAUCUUGUCAAUGAUCUCAAGGCAGCUGGGACCAUAGUCACCAAGAAAACAAUUGGUAACACACUACACCGUGAAGGACUGAAAUCCUGCAGCGCCCGCAAGGUCCCCCUGCUCAAGAAAGCACAUAUACAGUGGGGAGAACAAGUAUUUGAUACACUGCCGAUUUUGCAGGUUUUCCUACUUACAAAGCAUGUAGAGGUCUGUACUUUGUAUCAUAGGUACACUUCAUCUGUGAGAGACGGAAUCUAAAACAAAAAUCCAGAAAAUCACAUUGUAUGAUUUUAAAGUAAUUAGCAUUUUAUUGCAUGACAUAAGUAUUUGAUCACCUACCAACCAGUAAGAAUUCCGGCUCUCACAGACCUGUUAGUUUUUCCAUAAGAAGCUCUCCUGUUCUCCACUCAUUACCUGUAUUAACUGCACCUGUUUGAACUCGUUACCUGUAUAAAAGACACCUGUCCACACACUCAAUCAAACAGACUCCAACCUCUCCACAAUGGCCAAGACCAGAGAACUGUGUAAGGACAUCAGGGAUAAAAUUGUAGACCUGCACAAGCCUGGGAUGGGCUACAGGACAAUAGGCAAGCAGCUUGGUGAGAAGGCAACAACUGUUGGCGCAAUUAUUAGAAAAUGGAAGAAGUUCAAGAUGACGGUCAAUCACCCUCGGUCUGGGGCUCCAUGCAAGAUCUCACCUCGUGGGGCAUCAAUGAUCAUGAGGAAGGUGAGGGAUCAGCCCAGAACUACACGGCAGGACCUGGUCAAUGACCUGAAGAGAGCUGGGACCACAGUCUCAAAGAAAACCAUUAGUAACACACUACGCCGUCAUGGAUUAAAAUCCUGCAGCGCACGCAAGGUCCCCCCUGCUCAAGCCAGCGCAUGUCCAGGCCCGUCUGAAGUUUGCCAAUGACCAUCUGGAUGAUCCAAAGGAGGAAUGGGAGAAGGUCAUGUGGUCUGAUGAGACGACAAUAGAGCUUUUUGGUCUAAACUCCAUUCGCCGUGUUUGGAGGAAGAAGAAGGAUGAGCACAACCCCAAGAACACCAUCCCAACCGUGAAGCAUGGAGGUGGAAACCUCAUUCUUUAGGGAAGCUUUUCUGCAAAGGGGACAGGAUGACUGCACCGUAUUGAGGGAGGAUGGAUGGGGCCAUGUAUCGCGAGAUCUUGGCCAACAACCUCCUUCCCUCAGUAAGAGCAUUGAAGAUGGGUCGUGACUGGGUCUUCCAGCAUGACAACGACCCGAAACACACAGCCAGGGCAACUAAGGAGAGGCUCCGUAAGAAGCAUCUCAAUGUCCUGGAGUGGCCUAGCCAGUCUCCAGACCUGAACCCAAUAGAACAUUUUUGGAGGGAGCUGAAAGUCCGUAUUGCCCAGCGACAGCCCCGAAACCUGAAGGAUCUGGAGAAGGUCUGUAUGGAGGAGUGGGCCAAAAUCCCUGCUGCAGUGUGUGCAAACCUGGUCAAGACCUACAGGAAACGUAUGAUCUCUGUAAUUGCAAACAAAGGUUUCUGUACCAAAUAUUAAGUUAUGCUUUUCUGAUGUAUCAAAUACUUAUGUCAUGCAAUAAAAUGCAAAUUAAUUACUUAAAAAUCAUACAAUGUGAUUUUCUGGAUUUUUGUUUUAGAUUCCGUCUCUCACAGUUGAAGUGUACCUAUGAUAAAAAUGACAGACCUCUACAUGCUUUGUAAGUAGGAAAACCUGCAAAAUCAUCAGUGUAUCAAAUACUUGUUCUUCCCACUGUACAUGCCCAUCUGAAGUUUGCCAAUGAACAUCUGAAUGAUUCAGAGGAGAACUGGGUGAUAGUGUUGUGGUCAGAUGAGACCAAAAUCGAGCUCUUUGGCAUCAACUCAACUCGCCGUGUUUGGAGGAGGAGGAAUGCUGCCUAUGACCCCAAGAACACCAUCCCCACCAUCAAACAUGGAGUUGGAAACAUUAUGCUUUGGGGUGUUUUUCUGCUAAGGGGACAGGACAACUUCACCGCAUCAAAGGGACGAUGGACGGGGCCAUGUACCGUCUAAUCUUGGGUGAGAACCUCCUUCCCUCAGCCAGGGCAUUGAAAAUGGGUCGUGGAUGGGUAUUCCAGCAUGACAAUGACCCAAAACACACGGCCAAGGCAACAAAGGAGUGGCUCAAGAAGAAGCACAUUAAGGUCCUGGAGUGGCCUAGCCAGUCUCCAGACCUUAAUCCCAUAGAAAAUCUGUGGAGGGAGCUGAAGGUUCGAGUUGCCAAACGUCAGCCUCGAAACCUUAAUGACUUAGAGAAGAUCUGCAAAGAGGAGGGGGACAAAAUCCCUCCUGAGAUGUGUGCAAACCUGGUGGCCAACCACAAGAAACGUAUGACCUCUGAUUGCCAACAAGGAUUUUGCCACCAAGUACUAAGUAAAGUUUUGCAGAGGGGUCAAAUACUUAUUUCCCUCAUUAAAAUGCAAAUCAAUUGAUAAAAUUUUUGACAUGCGUUUUUCUGGAUUUUGUUGUUGUUCUUCUGUCUCUCACUGUUCAAAUAAACCUACCAUUAAAAUUAUAGACUGAUCAUUUGUUUGUCAGUGGGCAAACGUACAAAAUCAGCAGGGGAUCAAAUACUUUUUUCCCUCACUGUAACAAUAACGAGGCUAUAUACAGGUGGUAACGGUACAGAGUCAAUGUGCGGGGGUACAGGUUAGUCAAGGUAUUUUGUACAUGUAGGUAGGGGUAAAGUGACUAUGCAUAGAUGAUAAACAGCGAGUAGCAGCAGUGUAAAAACAAAGGGGGGAGGUCAAUGUAAAUAGUCCGGGUGGCCAUUGGAUUAAUUGUUCACCAGUCUUGUGGCUUGGGGGUAGAAGCUGUUAAGGAGCCUUUUGGACCUAGACUUGGUGCUCCGGUACCGCUUGCCAUGCGGUAGCAGAGAGAACUGUCUAAGACUUGGGUGACUGGAGUCUUUGACAAUUUGUUGGCCUUUCUCUGACACCGCCUAGUACAUAGGUCCUGGAUGGUAGGAAGCUUGGCCCCAGUGAUUUACUGGGACGUACGCACUACCCUCUGUAGCGCCUUACGGUCGGAUGCCGAGCAGUUGCCAUACCAGGCGGUGAUGCAACCAGUCAGGAUGCUCUCAAUGGUGCAGCUGUCAAACUUUUGUGGAUCUGGGGACCCAUUCCAAAUCUCCUGAGGGGGAAAAGGUGUUGUCGUGCCCUUUUCACGACUGUCUUGGUGUGUUUGGACCAUGAUAGUUUGUUGGUGAUGUGGACACCAAGGAACUUGAAACUCUCGACCCGCUCCACUACAGCCCCGUCGAUGUGAAUGGGGGCGUGUUCGGCCCUCCUUUUCCUGUAGUCUACGAUCAGCUCCUUUUGUAUUGCACACCUUGACUGAGAGGUUGUUAUCCUGGCACCACACUUCCAGGUCUCUGACGACCUGCCUAUAGGCUGUCCCAUCAUUGUCAGUGAUCAGGCCUACCACUGUUGUGUCGUCAGCAAACUUAAUGAUGGUGUUUGAGUCGUGCUUGGCCACGCAGUUGUGGGUGAACAGGGAGUACAGGAGGGGACUAAGCACGCACACCUGAGGGGCCCCCGUGUUGAGGAUUAGCGUGGCAGAUGUGUUGUUGCCUACCCUUACCACCUGGGGGCGGACCGUCAGGAAGUCCAGGAUCCAUUUGCAGAGGGAGGUGUUUAGUCCCAGGGUCCUUAGCUUAGUGAUGGGCUUUGUGGGUACUAUGGUGUUGAACACUGAGCUGUAGUCAAUGAACAGCAUUCUCACAUAGGUGUUCCUUUUGUCCAGGUGGGAAAGGGCAGUGUGGAGUGCGAUUGAGAUUGCGUCAUCCGUGGAUCUGUUGGGGCGGUAAGCGGAUUGGAGUGGGUUUCCGGGAUGAUGGUGUUGAUGUGAGUCAUGACCAGCCUUUCAAAGCACUUCAUGGCUACCGACAUGAGUGCUACGGGGCGGUAGUCAUUUAGGCAGGUUACCUUUGCUUUCUUGGGCACAGGGACUAUGGUGGUCUGCUUGAAACAUGUAGGUAUUACAGACACUUGCCAGUUGGUCAGCGCAUGCUCUGAGAACACGUCCUGGUAAUCUGGCCCCGCGGCCUUGUGAAUAUUUACCUGUUUAAAGGUCUUGCUCACAUCGGCUACGGAGAGCGUGAUCACACAGUCGUCCGGAACAGCUGGUGCUCUCAUACAUGUUUCAGUUUUGCUUGCCUCGAAGCGAGCAUAAAGGGCAUUUAGCUCGUCUGGUAGGCUCACGUCACUGGGCAGCUCGUGGCUGGGUUUCCCUUUUGUAGUCCGUAAUAGUUUGCAAGUCCUGCCAUAUCCGACGAGCGUCAGAGCCAGUGUAGUAGGAUUCAAUCUUAGUUCUGUAUUGACGCUUUGCCUGUUUGAUGGUUCGUCUGAGGGCAUAGCGGGAUUUCUUAUAAGUGUCCGGAUUAGUGUCCCACUCCUUGAAAGCGGCAGCUCUUUAGUUCGGUGCGGAUAUUGCCUGUAAUCUAUGGCUUCUGGUUGGGAUAUGUACGUACGGUCACUGUGGGGACGACAUCGUCGAUGCACUAAUUGAUGAAGCCGGUGACUGAGGUGGUGUACUCCUCAAUGCCAUUGGAUGAAUCCCAGAACAUAUUCCAGUCUAUGUUAGCAAAACAGCUAGCACAGACUGGUCCUCUGUAGCUCAGCUGGUAGAGCACGGCGCUUGUAACGCCAAGGUAGUGGGUUCGAUCCCCGGGACCACCCAUACACAAAAAUGUAUGCACGCAUGACUGUAAGUCGCUUUGGAUAAAAGCGUCUGCUAAAUGGCAUAUUAUUAUAAUUAUAAUAUCAGACAAUAUACCACUGGUCUGAUGCAGAAAUACUUGUUUGCUGUUCCAUUUAUCUUAGUAACCAGUUUAUAAUAGCAAUAAGGCACCUCAGGGGUUUGUGAUAUAUGCGAGUCGUGCCUGAGAACAGCCCUUACCACACCCCCUCUGGCCUCAUUGCUUAAUUAUGCUGUGGAAAUGGGGCAACAUCCCCAUGUAACACACAGGAAAAUGUAGACAAUAUAUUAGUAUGCAUACUCUGAGAUGCCAGGCAUUGGCUCGUAUUCCUCAAGGUAGCUUUUCCAUGUUUCCGUUUUAGACGCACUGUGGUAAAGGAGUCUUCUCUUUCUCUCUUGCAAUAAAAUAGUGUGAAGAGAGAAAAUAGAUGUCCCUCCACUUUUCCAUCCCUCUCUCAAAAUUGUCCCUUUACACACAGUUAAUGCAAUUCUCUGAUCCGGUCUUUCUCAUCGAACACAUAGUUUCUUCUCCACAUGACUUUCACACUGAUAGAAGCUUUAUUGAUUUCUUUAGUGUUUCUGUUGCUCCCUAAAGCCUAUAAAUAGAAAACAAUAGGAGAGUGGGGAGCAGGCUGUCCUGCUAGCUAUAUUCUUAUAGCGCUGUUGUUCUUCCCAUAACAAAAUGGCACAACACAAAACGCAACACUACAGCCACAGGCAGGCUACCAGCAACCAAACUCAUUCACAGCUAAACAAGAGAAUAACAAGAGGUGAGCACUUUGCAAAACCUCCGUUACAAAUGCACACCAUUUCACGCUGGCUCUUUCUCACUCGCUCUCUCCCACUCUCUUUUGUUUAUCCUCAAAUCCCUGCUUCAAUAUUUACACUUCUGAUCAUGGCGGAGAGUUGCCGUAGAAACCGUUUAGCUGAAUGGGGAGAGGAGACGGUACAGUAAGUGCUGGCUUGGGGAGGGAGAUUUAGGCUGGGGGUGGCGUGUUGGCUGGGGCUGGUUCAUCUUGGCUGGGAAUGGAGGGCUCCUCUUGUUUGGAGCCAUGAAACUCUGCUGUGUGUCUCCUGAAAGUGUGGAGAAUAGAUUCACAGACAGUGAGUAUGUUUACAUGAACCCUAAUAAUUCGAUAUUAAACUGAUUAUGUUAGUAGGCAGAGUAUGUCAAUAGUCAUGUAAACACCUUACUCUUUUUAUUUUAAUCGCUGUAAGGUCAAAAUCAUAAGUAAGCAUACGCCGAUUAAAACACCUGGUUUUCUGAGCAAUUAUUAGGACAUGUAAACAGCUUAAUCGGUGUUCCAGUGGUGUAUUUGAGCUGCGUACGUGCCAGCACCAGAUAGCUCAAGCCUCCCUCUUAUGCGCGAGUGAAGUGAGUUUGGAAAAACUGAAAGUAUGCAUCUUAGAAAUAGUUUUCACAUACAAAAGUUAUAUGUCCGAACUUGGAAUCAAAUAGGCUUUGCAGAAAUAACAUUGUCACUGUGGUAGAAAGUUUAUUUUGAUUGGUGAUUUACUGCAUUUAUUUAAGUCCCAUCACGUAGCCUGAUUUCAGAUGUGUCCAUGUAAACAGGAAUAUUAGGGAAAUCUUUCUUCUUACAAAGCAUGUAAACGUUUUAAACUAUUAUAUUAAUUUGACUAUCCACAAUAAUCGUAUUGUAACCGUACUCAAUGUCUUGCAGAGGUAUGAACCCUUUCUGUUACAGUUCUUUAGAGCAUCUCUGACUCAAUGUCUCUGAAUAGAUACUCAGACAAUAGCUCUCAUUCUCAUAAUGCUCAUAACUAGGUACAGACUUUUCGAAAGUGUUUGUGUGCCAGUAUGGUCUGUGAUUGGGCUGUGAGUGUAAUCAGGGUAUAACAGGCUUUAUUAUGCUGAGGACUAGUGUAUAGGGGCACUGCAGGGAUCAGUGGCUAAAUGGACUGGAUCAUUUGGUUCUACAUUUACAUUUACAUUUUAGUCAUUUAGCAGACGUUCUUAUCCAGAGCGACUUACAGUUAGUGCAUACAUUACUCCCCCCAUGGGAAUCGAACCCACAACCCUGGCGUUGCAAACGCCAUGCUCUACCAACUGAGCUACCAACUGGCUGGGGAUCAGUGGCUAAAUGGACUGGAUCAUUUGGUUCUGUCUGGGGAUCAGUGGCUAAAUGGACUGGAUCAUUUGCUUUUGUCUGGGGAUCAGUGGCUAAAUGGACUGGAUCAUUUGCUUCUGUCUGGGGAUCAGUGGCUAAAUGGACUGGAUCAUUUGCUUUUGUCUGGGGAUCAGUGGCUAAAUGGACUGGAUCAUUUGCUUCUGUCUGGGGAUCAGUGGCAGGAUAAUUUGGUUCUGUCUGGGGAUCAGGGAUUGGAUCAUUUGGUUCUGUCUGGGGAUCAGGGAUUGGAUCAUUUGGUUCUGUCUAGGGAUCAGGGAUUGGAUCAUUUGGUUCUGUCUGGGGAUCAGUGGCUGGAUCAUUUGGUUCUGUCUGGGGAUCAGUGGCUGGGUCAUUUGGUUCUGUCUGGGGAUCAGUGGCUGGGUCAUUUGGUUCUGUCUGGGGAUCAGUGGCUGGAUCAUUUGGUUCUGUCUGGGGAUCAGUGGCUGGAUCAUUUGGUUCUGCCUGGGGAUCAGUGGCUGGGUCAUUUGGUUCUGCCUGGGGAUCAGUGGCUGGGUCAUUUGGUUCUGUCUGGUAAUAAAGAGCCAACGGACGACUGGUGUCAGUUAGUUCAGUGAGCAAUUGGAUUUAGCUCAAGUCAAUGAUUCAAUUUGGACACUGACAUUUCCAAUUUGAGAGAGGCUGAGGCUUGCCCUUCCUCUUGCUCUCACUCUUUCUCCCUCUCUCUCUCUCUCUUUCUCACCGCUGUUUCCAUUCGUUCUCUUUCUCUCACUCUCCUGUGAUGUUCUCUUGAGGAUUGGUCAGUGAAUUAGACUCAGAAACGCUCCACUACUGCAUAGUCACUGUUGUACGUACUUUCCCAUGCAUACUUACUGGAAAAAUCGGUCACGCAUACAUUCCUUGUCAGGAUGAGGUGCUCAUUUUAUACAUUGACGUGACACACACACGUCUUGUCACAAGAUGGUCAUUUUACACAUUUGUGUCACACACACACGCUCUUGCCAUAAUAAGUGGGUAUUUUUAUACAUUUACAUCACACACACACACACUCCCACUCCCAAUCACGAGGUGGUCAUUGGAACUGGUGCACAGUUUGAGAUGUUAUCCAUCUCCACUGACACAGUUCUCCAUAUUGAUUAGAUAAGCUCUGAGUCUGGAGUCAACAAGUCCAUGUUCCACACUGAAUAUCCUGACAUCAGGUCCAUUGGCAUCUCUCCUGGCUGCACGCAAAGACUGAUUGUGAGUCUGAGAGGAAAUGAGAGAUGGAGGGAGAGAUUGAUCCGAGACAAAGAUGUAGAGAGCGGGAGAAGAAAUUGGGACAGCAGGAUCAAGAUACUUCUGUAAAUAUAAUGUAUGUGGACACCCCUUCAAAUUAGUGGAUUCGGCUAUUUCAGCCACACCCGUUGCUGACGGGUGUAUAAAAUCGAGCACACAGCCAUGCAAUCUCCAUACAUAAACAUUGGCAGUAGUACUGAAGAGCUCCAUGACUUUCAACGUGGCACCGUCAUAGGAUGCCACCUUUCCAACAAGUGAGUUUGUCAAAUCUCUGACCUGCUAGAGCUGCCCCGGUCAACUGUAAGUGCAGUUAUUGUGAAGCGGAAACAUCUAGGAGCAACAACGGCUCAGCCGCAAAGUGGUAGGCCACAAAAGCUCACAGAUCGGGACCGCCGAGUGCUGAAGUGUGUAGCGCGUAAAAAUAAUCUGUCCUCGGUUGCAAUACUCACUACCGAGUUCCAAACUGCCUCUGGAAGCAACAUCAGCACAAUAACUAUUCGUCGGGAGCUUCAUGAAAUGGGUUUCCAUGGCCGAGCAGCCGCACACAAACCUAAGAUCACCAAGCGCAAUGCCAAGCGUCGGCUGGAGUGGUGAAAAGCUUGCCGCCAUUGGACUCUGGAGCAGUGGAAACGCGUUCUCUGGAGUGAUGAAUCACGCUUCACCAUCUGGCAGCCCGACGAACAAGUCUGGGUUUGGCGGAUGCCAGGAGAAAGCUACCUGCCCCAAUGCAUAGUGCCAACUGUAAAGUUUGGUGGAGGAGGAAUAAUGGUCUGGUUAGUUCCAGUAAAUGGAAAUCUUAACGCUACAGCAUACGAUGACAUUCUAGUUGAUUAUGUGCUUGUGGCAACAGUUUGGGGAAAUCCCUUUGCUGUUUCAGCAUGACAAUGCACCCGCGCACAACGCGAGGUCCAUACAGAAAUGGUUUGUCGAGAUUGGUGUGGAUUAACUUGACUGGCCUGCACAGAGCCCUGACCUCAACCCCAUCGAACAUCUUUGCAAAUAAUUGGAACGCUGACUGCAAGCCUGGCCUAAUCAUCCAACAUCAGUGCCCAACCUCACUAAUGCAAGUCCCUGCAGCAAUGUUCCAACAUCUAGUGGAAAGCCUUCCCAGAAGAGUGGAGGCUGUUAAAGCAGCAAAUGGGGGACCAACGCCAUAUUAAUGCUCAUGAUUUUGGUAUGAGAUGUUUGUCGAGCAGGUGUCCACAUACUUUUGGUCAUGUGUACCUUCUUAAUGCUCGUCUCCUGAAAUGACACAAUUGGGUUGUGUUUUGAACACACACACACACACACACACACACACACACACACACACUCUUUUUGGGUCACUUGCAUCCAGUAGCUCUGAAAUACCCUGGAGGAUGGUGUACGUCAGUGAAAGGCACCAACCUGUUGCACCUCGAUGCGUCAGACAAUCUGCUUUCUUCUCACUGCUGUCCCAAAUUCCCCUCACUUCUCACUCUUUCUCUCCCCCCUCCCCCUCCCUGCUCCCCCCCCCCCCCCCCCCCCCCUCCUGCUCCCUCUUUCUCCCUGCUCCCUCUUUCUCUCCCCCUCCCUGCUCCCUCUUUCUCCCCCCUGCUCCCUCUUUCUCCCUGCUCCCUCUUUCUCCCCCCCUCCCUGCUCCCUCUUUCCCUCUGCUCCCCCUUUCUCCCCCCCUCCCUGCUCCCUCUUUCUCCCUCCCUCCCUGCUCCCUCUUUCUCCCUCCCUCCCUGCUCCCUCUUUCUCCCCCCUGCUCCCUCUUUCUCCCUGCUCCCUCUUUCUCUCCCCCUACCUGCUCCCUCUUUCUCCCCCCCUCCCUGCUCCCUCUUUCCCACUGCUCCCCCUUUCUCUCCCCCUCCCUGCUCCCUCUUUCUCCCUCCCCCACUGCUCCCCUUUCUCCCCUCCCCUUUCUCUCCCUCCCUCCCUGCUCCCCCUUCUCCCCCCCACCUGCUCCCUCUUUCUCCCUCCCUCCCUGCUCCCUCUUUCUCCCUCCCUCCCUGCUCCCUCUUUCUCCCUGCUCCCUCUUUUCUCCCGACUCCCUCUUUCUUUCCCCCUCCCGAAUGCCUCUCCCCCCCCCUUCCUGCUCCCUCUUUCUCCCCCCUCCCCUGCUCCCUCUUUCCCCCCCCAUGCUCCCUCUCUCCCCCCCCCCCAUGCUCCCCCCCCCCCCAUGCUCCCUCCCCCCCCCCCCCAUGCUCCCUCUUUCUCUCCCCCUCCCUGCUCCCUCUUUCUCCCUGCUCCCUCUUUCUCCCAGCUCCCCCCCCCCCCCCUUCAAAACAAUUGGUAACACACUACGCCGUGAAGGACUGAAAUCCUGCAGCGCCCACAAGGUCCCCCUGCUCAAGAAAGCACAUAUACAUGCCCGUCUGAAGUUUGCCAAUGAACAUCUGAAUGAUUCAGAGGAGAACUGGGUGAAAGUGUUGUGGUCAGAUGAAACCAAAAUCAAGCUCUUUGGCAUCAACUCAACUCGCCGUGUUUGGAGGAGGAGGAAUGCUGCCUAUGACCCCAAGAACACCAUCCCCACCGUCAAACAUGGAGUUGGAAACAUUAUGCUUUGGGGGUGUUUUUCUGUUAAGGGGACUGGACAACUUCACUGCAUCAAAGGGACGAUGGACGGGGCCAUGUACCGUCAAAUCUUGGGUGAGAACCUCCUUCCCUCAGCCAGGGCAUUGAAAAUGGGUCGUGGAUGGGUAUUCCAGCAUGACAAUGACCCAAAACACACGGCCAAGGCAACAAAGGAGUGGCUCAAGAAGAAGCACAUUAAGGUCCUGUAGUGGCCUAGCCAGUCUCCAGACCUUAAUCCCAUAGAAAAUCUGUGGAAGGAGCUGAAGGUUCGAGUUGCCAAACGUCAGCCUCGAAACCUUAAUGACUUAGAGAAGAUCUGCAAAGAGGAGGGGGACAAAAUCCCUCCUGAGAUGUGUGCAAACCUGGUGGCCAACUACAAGAAACGUCUGACCUCAGUACUUGGUGGCAAAACCCUUGUUGGCAAUCACAAAGGCAUGUUUUGCAGAGGGGUCAAAUACUUAUUUCCCUCAUUAAAAUGCUAAUCAAUUUAUAACAUUUUUGACAUGCGUUUUUCUGGAUUUUUUUGUUGUUCUUCUGUCUCUCACUGUUCAAAUAAACCUACCAUUAAAAUUAUAGACUGAUAAUUUAUUUGUCAGUGGGCAAACGUACAAACUCAGCAGGGGAUCAAAUACUUUUUUCCCUCACUGUAAGUGUAUGUUGUCUGUGUUUCUCCACCUUUUUCUUUCUGAAGACUAUUUCAAACUAAGCAUGAUUCCCAAGAGAUGAGCACCAUACAUGUUUCUCCAUGCUCGCACACACACAAACAGUCCUCAACCUGCAAACACACACACACACCUACACUCACCGGAGCAGUGUGGAGUCUGAUAGCUCAGCUAGACAGUUGAUUGACAGCAGACAAUAGCAGGCUCCUGCUCAGAUUCCCGCUGUUUGAUGGGACCACUUGUCGCCAGCAGCAACUCAGGGAGAGGGCACACUAGCUGGGCGAUUGGACAGUUUCCAGGAAGCAGCAGCAGCAUCAUAAUUAUCAUAAUCAUCCCUCCUAUGCAAUUCCCAUAAUUCUACUGAAUAACAUGCUAUGUUACUGUUCCUCUCUCAAUUGACUCAACUAUGGCUCUCCAUGUUAAUAGGCUUGCCGUGUGUGUUCAUGACACACAUGGCUACAGUGAGCUGAACAUCUUGCUUUAGUAAGCCUAGGUAAUGACACACCAGUGUGUGAACCAUGUGUGUGCAGGUACCUUUCACCACUGAGUUCAGAGGUCACCUAAAAUAACCAGGCUCUCUAACAGGAAGUGAAGAGUUUACAUCCUCCAGGUGGUGCCCAUCCCCUUUCACAUUCACACACCCUAUGACUGUCUUACACCCAUAUAACAUAUAACCACAGAGUCAGACAAGCAGAAUAAACAUGCAGGCAGGAGAUUACAUCCAUCCAUCCAUCCAUCUCCCACAAUCACUGUCUGCACAGGAAGUGAGGUGGAGGAUGUGACCAUGUGACCUGGUUAGACUGUUAGUGAGUCAGAUAGGCAGGCAGUGUCCUAAAAGUUGACAUCUGGAAGUGCGUGUAUAUUUGUCUGUGUGUGUGUGUCUAAGGCCUAUGCUUUCUUGUAGUCUGUUUCUUGGAAGUUGUUGACUCAAUCCAACACUUUGCAAGUUUAUUUUGGAUCUCUGUUCGUUUUAAGAACAUUCAUUAUGUGAUGUUGAAAUUGUGCAAUAGAUCAUGUCAAGUACCAGCAAGCCAGCCUGCCAGCAAGCCUGCUUUGGUAUCACAUUCUUCCUAUGGAAACAUCUUAGUGUAUAGUAUAGGAGAGGCCAAUGUUAGUGUGUGUCUAUAUGUCUUACUGUGUGUUGUCUAGUAGUCACAUAGCUACAAGGGCACCAGUCCAUUUAGAAGAUUCCCUAGGGUCCCCCUUGACACCGUCCACCCCGUCUAUUCCAAGCCAUGUGGCCAGUGACUCAGCAAAUUGUGUGUGUACUUUAGUGAGGGAGACUGUGUGUGGUGAGCCCCUGAGCAUCACCUUCACACCGGGGUGCUCAGGUGAGUGUCUGCUCUGUGCGUCCAGUACAAACAGAUAGUCACAGCGGGUGGAACAGUAAAGCGGAAGUCUGUGAAGGGCACUCUCAAUAUCAAAGUUUCUCUGUGUGGGAAGAUCUCUGACACAAACAAAUGCACUUAAAAGCCCUUCUGAGGAUGAUAUCAUAUUGCUCAGUCUACACUUAUAUUAAAUGCAGUCAUUUCCAGACCCUCUGAAAUGGUGUCUAUUAAAUCUGUAAAUGUAUGUAAACAUUCCUUUUUUGACCCUGUUAUUAAUGUCCUCUCUUCUCUCCUGUUUGUCACAGCGGAGCCCCUCCCCCUGAUGGACCUGUGCAGGCGAGUGGCCAGGCUGGCUCUGGGGCGGGACCGAAUAAACCAGAUAGACACCCUCCCUCUGCCAGAGACCCUCAAGAACUACCUCCAGUACCAGUGA